UCACGUCGAUGGCGGGAAGAAAACAUUGUGAACCCCGAAUUUUAUAAAAUUUAUUACGAUCGCUGGAGAUUUUGUUGUCUUAUAUCGUUGGUUGGUGGCCRUAGAUAUCGCUUAAGGUAAAUAUGCCGAGAAACAAGAAAUCAAGUGSACUGCCCGAUGUAUACUUGGUCUGCGGGUGGCAAGAUUGUCAGUUUCAAGUUUUGUUGGGUGAUUUUCUAGACUUUAGAAACCAUAUUGAUGAGCACAUAAACGAUAUUUUACCUGGUUACCGGGACAGAUGUUGCAACGAGAAGGUUCCUGAUGAUUUUGUGUGUAUGUGGGCGCAUUGCGGCUUUGAUACACCUGAAGAUGCUAAUGAACUCAUCCGCCAUCUUUUAUUUCACGCUUUUCAUACAAAAUUAAAAGCGCAAGGAACAAGAAAACGAAUUGCACAGGGCCUUAGUGAAUGCACUUUAGAUUCUCAGGGACAAAAUCUMGUUCCUGAUGUUCAAAAGCCGUUUCUAUGYGAGUGGGAGAACUGUUCUUUGGAAAUGAAUUGUCCAUAUUGGUAUUAUCAACAUGUUGAAAGUCACGUGAUGGCAGUGGAUAAGGAGAACAAUGAAGACAAUGUCAGCUUUGUGGCUUGUGGAUGGGAAGGUUGUCAAGUUACAGUAAAGAACCAUUAUAAACUUAAGGAGCACUGCCGYACACACACACAUGAAAGGGUUUUUGCUUGUUCAGUGUGUGGUGGUAUGUUUGCUAGUAUGUCAAAACUGAUAGAUCACCUAACAAGACAAAAUCAAUCUGAAUUUCAAAGUUUUCAAUGUUCUCAUUGCUUAAAGCAUUGUGGCUCACAGCGGAUAUUAAGAGAUCAUAUGCGUCAUCAUGUGAAUAACAUCAARUGUAAAUUCUGUGACAUGACAUGUCCCAACCCAUCAGCCCUCAAGCAACACAUGAAGUUCCGUCAUUCUGAUGACCGUCCAUAUGAAUGUGAUCUUUGUGAAGCUAGCUGGAAAACACUUUCUGAUCUGCGACGUCAUCGUGAAUCACACAGCUCUGUAUUGAGCUACAAGUGUUCUGUUGAGGGGUGUGACUUUUCAGCCAGAGCAGUCCAAACUUUGAAAAGACAUUUUAARGUUGAACACCAGGGAGAAGAGCUGUCCAAGUAYGAAUGCCAUAUUUGUGCAAUGAGAUAUACUCGCGGCACAGGACUAACUCAACAUUUAAAAACAAAGCAUGAAUUUAGGUGGCCAUCAGGCCAUCCACGCUUCAGAUACAAGCAAUAUGAGGAUGGAAUCUGGAGAUUACAAACUGUUCGAUUUGAAAGUUUACAACUAUCUCAACAAUUUAGCAGUGAAAAUCAAAGUGAAGAAGGCCAAGAAGAAAUGAUACAAGACGAACAGUCUACAGAGGAGGAAGAUUCUAAUCAGGAUUCAUCAUCUGGACACAUUGAGUAUCAAACUAUUGAUACUCCAGUUAUGGCCUCACUUAGCGGGCCAUUUUAUGAUACAGAAAACGAUUCAUCACAGCGUCAAAACAUAGCUUUACCUUAUGCACAAAAUAUCCAAGAUACAGAGACAAAUCCAUCAUACUUAGCAAAAUCUGGUUCAGUGGGAAAAAGCAAAAUGACUAAGCGCAAUCAUCCUUAUGAAAGACCAUCAUCRCCAUCAUUAGAUGUACCUCAGACACUUCUUGCAUUGCAACAAGUGGCCACAAGACUUGCUGCUAAUAGUGACAUAAGAGGAACAAGUUUAUCAAAUAAUCCAUCUUGAAGUUUAUUUAUGCAUUGUUUCCUUUAGCUACGUAUACAUUGGCCUUCAAUACUGAUAUUACAUUUUACUAUUAUGAAGUCAACUGUUUUAAUAAAAGAGAGAUGUUA